AUGUACCGAGACGGGUAUCUUGUCAAAUGCGGACGCAGUGCGUCCGACCCUCCACACUUGCUCUUCUGCGUCUUUGAAGACGGCGUGGUCAAGUUCUACUCGGAAAAGGGCGGCCUCGAAGUCGGGGAGCUCGAGAUGGCCGGCCACGUGACCAAAGUGCGUGUGGAAAAGGCGGUGCCUGGGAAGUUCCCCUACCGCUUCUCGGUCUCAGCUGCUGAGGUGGUGCGGGUGGAAGGCCGGCGCAUGAAACUGGGCGAGUCCCGCGUGACGGAAUUUGCCGCUGCAACAAAUGACCUCAUGAAGGAGUGGGCCAACUCGCUGCAUCUGUGGCGCCGCAUGAACUGGAAGGAGAACGUCAAGUUCUUUGAUGCUACGAGCGAACUUUCGCAAGCUCAAGAGCUCGAGACGCUGCAGCGCCAGAUGCACUCGGUCAAAAUGGCUCGUGGUCGCUCGUUGUCGGGGGGUGCGUUUCGAAAGCCGUUUGAGCACAUGAUGCACGGCCAGUCGUCGCCUACGAUCAAGAAGCUGCGGCAGAUGAUGCGGCAGACGACAACGACGGCGUGCACGGGUGCUGCAUGA